AUGCGCUCUCCCAGUACGUGGCUUUGGGCCUCUCUUGUGGUCUCCGCGGCGCCGUCCCUCGCGGUCUAUGCCCCAUUGAGCCUAGGGAAUGGCUUCAAGCUCACUGCCAAUGGGAAAGCCAAUCAUCUCUCGAUCACCCAAGAUGGUCGCACCAUUUGGGACACUGUGCCAGGACAGGGAUUCCUCAGUGCCAGCGCUGGGGACGACGAGAUCAUCUCUGCCAACGGUAACUUCAAGAUCAAUGAAGUGGACCAGAACAAGUGCACCGGUCAGCAGAUCAGCAAGAUUGAUCUGCGUCAAUGGCACGACAGCGCCAAUGACCAUGCUGCUGUUGUUGAAGGUCAUCUCACUGGUUGUGGCGAUGCCACUGCUCCUUUCACCGUCGCCUUCUGGGUGCCAUCUCAUUUCCCCGAUCGCAUUGCCUUCCGCGCCAAUGUCAACUCGAACGCUUCGGAUUCCACGAAGCUGUUCCUGACUUACCGCUCUUCUCCUGCUGAGGACUUCUACGGUCUUGGUGGCCAGGCCUCUUUCGCAUCAUUGAAGAACCAGACAGUCCCCAUCUUCUCCCGUGAACAGGGUGUCGGCCGUGGCGACCAGCCAACGACUGACCUUGAGUCUGAGGACAGCUUCUUUGCCGGUGGAGAUCGCUUCACCACCUACUCCGCUGUUCCUCAGUACAUCAGCUCCAAUGCCCGGGUGUUCCACCUGACACAAGAAAGCUCUGCCUACACCACCUUCAACUUCACAGAUGCCCGUGCCGUCACUGUUAGAUACAGUGGCGUGGAUGUUGAUGGAUACUUCAUGCAAGCUGAGAACAUGCUGAACGGUAUUACCAUGCUGACCGAGUACACCGGCCGCAUGCCCGAACUGCCCCAGUGGGUGGACACUGGUGCUGUACUCGGUAUCCAGGGUGGACAGGUAAAGGUCAACCGCAUUGUUAAUCAGGGACUCAACCAAACAUGUCCCAUUGCCGCUGUCUGGCUUCAGGAUUGGUCUGGCACCCACUCGCAGAGUGUUUCCUACAUGUCUCUCAACGUUUCCCGACUCUGGUGGAACUGGGAGUCUGAUUCCAAGCUCUACCCAACUUGGAAUGAGUUUGUACAGAACCUACGUGAUGACCACAACGUCCGCACUCUCUCAUACAUCAACCCAUUCUUGGCCAACGUCAGCACCAAGCCUGAUGGGUACAACUCGAACCUCUACGAGGAGGCUACCAAGGGAGGAUACAUGAUCCAGAACUCCACAAUCAAUGAUACCUCCGUUAUUUCCAGUGGUCCUGGCCUUGACGCCGGAAUCCUUGAUCUCACAAACCCCGCUGGCCGAUCCUGGUUCAAGAACGUCCUCCUGUCUCAAGUCUGGAACGCCAACAUCUCUGGUUUCAUGACCGACUUCGGCGAAUACACUCCUAUCUACCCCGACACCCGCUUCGCCAACAAGAGCAUCGAUCCAUUGAUUUACCACAACACCUACCCUCGUGAGUGGGCCGCCCUUCACCACUGGAUCGGUAAGAGUGUUCCCAGCUUCAAGGAUGCUAUCCUCUUCCACCGUUCAUGCGCCAUGGCCGCCAACCGCUAUAUGAACCUCUACUGGGCUGGUGACCAGGACACCAACUGGGGUGUCAACGAUGGAAUUAAGUCUUCCGUCACUGUCAUGGGUCACAUGGGUCUGUCCGGUUACGCCCACGGCCACACCGAGAUUGGUGGCUACACCACUACUUGGGACAGCAACGGCGUUGUCAACCGCUCCGCCGAGCUGCUCGGUCGCUGGGGAGAACUCUCUGCCAUUUCCAGCACAGUCUUCCGUACCCACGAGGGUAACGUCCCUCAGGUCAACGCCCAGUUCUACUCCAACUCCUCGACCUACUCCUGGUUCAGCUACAACGCGCGCAUGUUCACCAGUCUUGCCGCCUACCGUCGCCGCAUCUUGGACACCGAGAGCAAGAAACUGGGCUGGCCCUUGCUCCGCAUGCCCGUUGUCUACCACCCCGACGACGUGAAGGCCAAGGCAAUCAGCUACCAGAGCUUCUACCUCGGUGCCGAUCUGUACGUUGCGCCUGUCCUGGACCCCGGUCACACCAGCGUCAGCGUCUACUUCCCUGGCAAGAACCAGACCUUCACCCACGUCUGGUCUGGCAAGAAAUACCACGGUGGCCAGACCGCACGGGUAUCCGCACCCUACGGAAAGCCUGCUGUCUUCCUUGUCAACAACACCAAGAACCCCGACUUGGAUGAGUUCCUGCAGUUUGUCCGAAAGGAGAACAGCACUGUGAUUCGUCCUUAA